UUUUUGCGGUGGAUAAGUUUGGAAGUUGUGUCAGUUGUUUGAACCAUUAUAAUAUUAUAUGGAGAAACAAGGCAAGACCAAAUGGUCUCCAAGGAUUAAAAUAGUUAGUUUGGGUGAUGCUGCAGUUGGAAAGAGCUGCAUUAUUAAGCGAUAUUGUGAAAAAAGAUUUGUCAACAAAUACAUGGCAACAAUUGGAAUUGAUUAUGGAGUUACUAAAGUAUUUGUUGAUGGUAAAGAGGUCAAAGUGAAUAUUUUUGAUAUGGCUGGUCACCCUAUAUUCUAUGAGGUCCGUAAUGAGUUUUAUAAAGACACACAAGGUGCUUUAUUGGUGUUUGAUGUAUCGUGUAAACAAAGUUUUGACAGCUUGCAAACAUGGCUAAAUGAAAUGAGGAAAGAAAUUGGAGAUCCAACCGACAUGGAAAAAGUUGUGUUCAUAGUUUGUGCUAAUAAGACUGACAAGAGAAGAGUUGUAGACGAGAAUACUGGAAGAAUAUGGGCAAAUAACUGUGGUUUUCAUUAUUUUGAGACUUCUGCCCUAAAUGGAGAUGGUGUGAACAAAAUGUUUCAGACUUUGUUUGAGGAGGUGCUGAAAAUGUUGCAAAGUGGAUGUAAUGCAACCCGUGUUGCUACAACUUUGGGUUGGACCAAAGAACAGUCAGAUGCCAUUCAGAGAUUGGUUAAUGGAAAAGAUAACUAUGAUCGAUUGGGUUUACACAAUGGGGCAAGCAGAGAGGACGUAAAUCGUGCUUAUCGUAAACUGGCUAUGUUAAUUCACCCUGAUAAAAGUAUCGCUCCCGGUUCGGAAGAAGCCUUCAAAGUUCUAGUGGACGCAAGAAAGGCUCUUUUGAAAUGACUGGCUCAUACAAUGUAUCAAAAAAGAAUAAGAAGAAAUCAAAAAAUAUGAAUAGCAAAAUAACCAAACAAAUAUUCUACAAAGAUAAACCACAUUUGCUCUUUUCAUCCCUAAACCUGUAAUUGCCAACCCCACUCUUGUAAUUUUCUCCCAGUAAGAUACCCAAGAUUAAGAGCUAAAUUGGGAAUAAUUGUAAUUAUAAAUAUAGUCAAUACAAUCAAUACAAUGUUCCACAAUGUCA